ACGGCGACGCAGACUGCUACUCCACUUGUGCUGGUGCGUCGAAUGCGAUCUUCCCUCGCCAUGUCCCGUUUCCUGGGACUCUGUCUUCUCUUCGCGGCGACCUGCCUCGGUGGGGCCCAAGGUCAAGACGUGAAUGUGGACGAAGUUGCUGAGAUCGGCUUCGUGAUCGGUAGAUAUCGCACUGAGAACACCUACGACCUCCGCGCUGUAGGGAAUGCAGUUGGCCUCAUUGGAGCUGAAAUAGAUGGGACUGAGUUGGUUAUAGUGGUAGUAGGGGAUCUUACCAGCACAUAUCCAGACCUCGAAGAAGGUGCACAGAAACGUCUCCGGAUCAAUGUCCGCGAUGGCGAUGAUAUGAUUCCAGAGUUUAACGCCGCUCCGUUUGCCUUCGAGGUGCCUGAGAUCUUUCCCGUCGGCUGGGACUUCGCAUCCGAAAACACUGUCAGCAUCAGUGAUGCCGACUUCGGUGAACAGUUCCAUACGAAUGAGAUCUCCAUCCAGCAACACUCAGACAUUUUCUAUGUGCAACCUUCAUCGUGCGUGAAGGAAUGCACGCUCAAAAUAAGCCUCCUCAAGCCAUUGGAUUAUGAGGAUAUGAAUGAAUAUCAAUUCGACAUCCUUGCCAAGGGACCCCUUCAAAGCGCGACGGCGCAGGUGACAGUGACCGUGCUGAACGAGAAAGACGAGCCGUUCAUUUUCGAGGAAGCAUUCUAUACAGUCCAACUAUGCCUCCUCUCCUCGAUGAACACGGCGUUGAACAGAUUGUCGAUGGCUUUGAGGCCCCGGAAAUCUUCCCAGACGAGUGAGAAGACUGUUCCACUCGUCUACGAGUGUCGUUCCAAGUCGUCGACCUGGACCAGGGCGGCCCUCGAUGAGAUCGCCUUGAGCUUUUUCACCAUCGACCACAACACCGGCGCGCUGAGUCUGACCGCGUCCCUCAACGAAUCCAUCACGAGCGACGUCUUCUUCCUCGUCAAGGCCGGGGCGGGGGUGAGAGAAGGUACGGCGGCCUUGACCGUGUACCUGCCGAAAGAGGAUCUCCCUGCACAGGAUGUGGAAUUCCAGUUUGAAUCCUACUCCUUCACGGUGAAACCACUAUUGGGCGGCGAAACCAUUGCAGAACUCAACAUCUCCUGCAGCCUCAUGUGCAGAGCUGACAAGGAUUUCUUUGAGUUUGUCAUGCCUGGGAAUCUGAUCGCGAAGAAUGGUCUGGCUGCCGGGAGGCAAUACGCCAUCACGCUCCGCGCCGAGAGUGCCGAUGACGUUGACAUUGCUCAGGUACGUCUCAGAUGGACUGAUAAGUAG